AUGCAGAAGUUGUGCGACACUGUUGCUAUAAUCUACAUUGUGUUGAUAGAAAUGGAUGACAAACAAUUGAAAGAUCAGGAACAACUUCCUACUACUAGUGCUGAAGCUGCUGCCACUGGUUAUGACAUUGACAAUGCAAGUCCGUCAACGCCGAUUCCUCUGUAUUACAAAUAUCUUCUCACUUUCAUUUUCGUCAUUGAGGAAAUUAACAAAGAUCAGACAAUAUUACCCAAUGUUACUCUGGGAUAUCACAUAUAUGAUUCUUGUACACAAUCCAAGAAAGCGGUAAAAAGUGUCCUCCAGAUUUUAUCAGGACCAGGAAAGACAAUUCCAAACUAUUCCUGUAUGGGACAUAGAACGUUAUCUGGUUUUAUUGGAGAUCACAGUUCCCUAACGACAUUGCCCAUGGCACAGAUAUUGGCAUUAUACGGAUACACACAGAUCAGCUAUGGAGGAACCAGUUAUAUUCUUAGUGACCGCAACCUCUAUCCAACGUUCUACCGUACAGUACAAUGGGACCGGGCCAGUUUUUCUGUGAUAUCAGGUCUGAUCGAGUUGUUUGGCUGGACAUGGGUUGGAGUUUUGGCUUCUGAUGAUGACAGUGGUAAUGAAGAAAUUCAGCUUCUGACAGAACAUCUGACUUCCACAAGUAUCUGUGUGGCCUACAUAAUAAAAAUAAAGCCUUCCAGCUUAGAUAUCUUAUAUGAGAAGAAUAAAAAGAGAGCUGAUAUUAUCAGAAAGUCAUCUGCACAGGUUAUAAUACUCUGUGGGACAUAUUCUUCAUAUUUAGCAGAUUUGUUAGCAGCUUUGAGAGAAGUCAUCAAUGAUAAGACUCUAGUGUUUGGUCCGACAUUUGCCUUAAACCCAUUUCUACUGGAACAUCACAUGGAUAUAUUUAAUGGAAGUUUGGUGCUUCAACCUUCAUCUGUCCCAAUGCUGGACAUGAGCAGUUUCUAUGACAGUUUCCAGACCAUAAAUCACCCGGAGGACAAGUUACUUGAACUGCAUCGCUAUUUGCGGGAUGAGAAACGUGUGGAUGGGGAUCCGGUUUUUAAUACAAAUGGAGAUUUUGUCACCCCGUAUAUAAUUACAAGUUGGAAAGCUUUUGCAAAUAAAUCCUUUUUUCUAGUAAAUGUCGGACACACAUAUAAAGUUGGUGAGAAAGACCAUAACAUUUCUAUUCUAAAGAAUAAAACUGUGUGGAAGAAUGGCAUCAAUAAGAUCCCGAAGUCUCAGUGCUCAGAGAACUGUCAGCCAGGGACCAGGAAAGUGCUGACGUCUGCCCUACAUUCCUGCUGUUAUUACUGUGUCCAGUGCUCUGAGGGGGAAAUAUCCAACGUGACCGACAGUGAAAAUUGCCUGAAGUGUGCUCACCAUGAGUGGCCCAAUGAGAAGAAGACUCAGUGUGUUCCGAAAGAGCUGGAGUUUCUGUCCUACACAAGUGAUACAAUAGUUGUUUUAAUCUUAAUAACAACUUUUGUGCUUUUUUCUUUAACUUUUAUGAUACUUAAAAUAUUUAUUUUGUACCGAGACACGCCUCUGGUGAAAGCCAAUAACAAGAAUCUGGGCUUCCUCCUCCUGGUCUCCAUCAUGCUGAGCAUUCUCUCUGUGUUCCUGUUCCUCGGACGUCCUGUAGAUGCCACCUGCAUUUUGCGUCAAAUCUCUUUUGGAGUCUUCUUCUCAGUAGCCAUAUCUUGUGUCCUAGGCAAAACUAUCAUGGUAUAUAUUGCUUUUAAAGCCUCCAAACCCGGAAGUCAAUGGAAAAGCUGGAUCAGCACCAAGCUGUCUAAUUGUUUAGUGUUGCUGUGUUCAUCAAUCCAAGUGGUAAUUUGUAUGAGUUGGGUGACUGUCUCUCCACCUUUCCAGGAGCUGGACACUCAUUCUUAUAAGGGAAAAAUCAUUGUUCAGUGUAAUGAAGGUUCUCUUAUUGGGUUUUAUUCUGUCCUGGGUUAUAUGGGAAUCCUGGCAGCCAUUAGUUUUAUUACAGCAUUCUUGGCCAGGACAUUACCGGACAGUUUUAAUGAGGCCAAAUACAUCACCUUCAGCAUGCUGGUGUUCUGCAGUGUCUGGAUCCCCUUGAUCCCGGCCUAUCUCAGCUCCAAAGGGAAAUACAUGGUGGCUGUGGAGAUCUUUGCAAUACUAGCUUCAUGUGCUGGACUUUUAGGUUGUAUAUAUUUCCCAAAAUGUUACAUUAUCCUUUGGAGGCCAGAACUAAACACAAGAAAACAUCUACUUGAGAAAAGAAAUGAUCAUAUGUGUUACUCAUGA